GCGAGGGUCGAGCUAUGACGAAUGGACGAAUACCAGUGAAGGUUCAAGUCGAUGCUAUUGAAGUCAAUCUUCGCGAUGGAGAGGGCGCGUGUCCGCCUUCCCGAAUCCUCGCCGUUUCAUUCACAUGUUCUUCUUGCUCGGUUUCCGUGUAGAUGUGCGCGCACUGGGCGCAUGCACGUGGUGUCCGGCGUGAGUCGGGCUAUGGCGAAGGCGCAGACUCCAGUGAUGGUGCAAGCUGACGCCCAUACAGGGCCGGUAGACGGCGCGGCGCGAGCGCAGCAGAGCGCUAACCGAGCGGCGCUAGCGCGGGUCCUCCGGUUUCCAAUCACCGUUACUGCGUCAUGUUACUAUCAUGACGAAAUAACAAAGCGUAGAGUCCUUGAUCUCAAUAAGCAAGUGGAGUUUCUCACAGCAAAACUUGCAACGAUGGAGGAGCCUGAUGAAGAGAGGAGCAAGCUUCAGGCUCGUGUGAGAACGCUGGAGGAGGAGAAACGGGAUCUUGAUGGGCAGUUGCGCAGUGCAGAGAGUGACACGCGGCGGGUCAAUGAAGAAGUGGCACAAGUCAAAGCAUUAAUACAGGCGUGGCAGCUUGAAAGUGAGGAAGACUCCAGGAGCCAUGCUAAUCUUCUGUGUAUUAUCAUCCCAAUUUUAAUGGAUGUUCUGAAGCCUGAAGGACUCUGGUUUACUCUUCUACAUCUACGACUGUCAUUGUCACAAUCUCAGACUCGAAGCAGCAAAAUUCAAACAUGGAGACAAGAGGGUGACACAACUCUAUGCUUGAACAGUGAAUACACAUGACGGGUGGCAAGAAUACGACAAACACCCUCCUAACAAACCCUUACAAAAUCC